AUGAGCAGGUCUAACUCCAAUGCAACAGAGAGACCUAUCUUUUCACCUCAAAAACAUCGUCUAGCAAAAUCUCAAAAUAGUUUAAAUAUUUUAUCGAAGAAAAAAUUUAAUAUUAAUGAUAACAACAACAAUAUAAUGCCAAUUUUAUCACCUUUAAAGAUGUCACCUCCAUCUUUGAUUUUAACAGCAGAUCAUAGCACAGAAGGUAAUGAUAAUGAAGAUACAGAAACAAAUUUUUUCCAGAAUUUAACACAAAAUUUGAAAUAUUCAAUUAAUAGUCCGAUUCCUCAUACACAGUUCCCUACUCCUUAUUCUUCAAAUCAAGAUAAUAGAAAUAACAAUCGUAAUAAGAAAAAUAUCAACCAUAAUACGAAUACUAUUAAUAACAAUACUAGUAUGUUAUCUUCUGAAAGUCAACAGCAACAUUCUAUCGACUCAUCCGUCUUAGAAAAUAGUAUUAAUACAGGUUUAUAUGUUGGCCGUAAUUCUCAACAGCCAAGUGUUAAUAAGGUGUCAAAGAGUGGUGGUUCUUCAUUAAAUAAUACCGAACCAACUGUAGAUCUAAUGAAUAACGAUGGAGAUACCCUAGAAGAUAUGAAUAUGCAACCAUCUACAGUUUUACAAUUUGGUAAUAAUUUCCCUAAUGAGUUUCUGUUGGCAUCGCCAGAACAACUGAAAGAAUUCUUAUUUGAAUCGCCAGGUGGUUUCAAUUUGUUUCACAAGACUCCUGCAAAGACACCAUUAAGAUUCGUCACCGACUCUAAGGAUAUGAAUAUUAAUUUGACUUCAAAUACAAAAUCAGUUUCUAGUUCAAACCUAAUUCAUUUAUUUACAUCCGGUAAUGAUAAGACUGAUGAUCAAGAUAAAAUGGGAGGAAACAGUGAUUUUGGAAUGAUGAACAAUGGUCAAGAUGUCUUUUUAAGUAGAACACCUUUACAGAAGAUUGAUAUUAACUUAAUGUUUAAUCAAUCAAAUGUUUUAUCUAACUCAGUGUCUCCCUCUAAAAAAAUAUCUAUGAGUUUAACACCCUAUGGUAGACGAAUAUUAAAUGAAAUGGGUACACCAUUCACUAGAAGUUUAAAUUCUACGAAUAGUGCGUUAGUUGAUUUCCAAAGAGCGAGAAAGGAUAUUAAUAACAACAGUAGUAGCAAUGUGAAUGGUAAUAAUGAAUUGCAUAGUACACCUGAUGAUAAAGAAAAUAUAGUCAAAGGUAGACAACUUAGAAACAAAUUCACUCUAACUCCCAGUAACAAAAAUAAAAAUUCUCAUGCAAAACUAACGAGGAAAAACUUAAAGAAAAUAAACAAGAAAAAUGAUAAGAAUGGCAACACUUCAAAUAGUAAUAAUCAUAUUCAAUACAAGGACAAUAAAAAUCAAAUAUUGAAGAAUACUUCAAAUACAAAACUGCCUUAUGAAAAAAAUAAUAACAGCUAUGAUACUUUUGAAAAUGAUUUCGAUGGUGAUAAUAACGCAUAUGGCUCAUCUCCAACUACCAUACAGUUGAAUUCAUCCGUUACAAAAUCUAUCUCAAGGCUUGAAAGUAACAGAAUACCGAACUUGAAGAAUAUUGAAUUGAUAGAUGAAAGGCUUGGUGACAAAUUAUUUGAUUUAAACCCUAGGAAUAUUCCUCUAUCACCUACCCCAAAAUCAUAUACAUCGAGUAAUAAACUCAAUAUUGAUACAUUAAAGAUACCGGAAUUACCAAAGAUGGGAUCGUUUAAGAGUGACUCCAAUAACCCAAUAUCUUUACCAGCAAAUUUAUCUGAUUCUUCAACUCAACAAAAUAAUAAGUUUAAUAAACUUUCAUUAUCAAAUGCUACUUCAACUUUGGCUUUGUCGAUCGAACAAAGAAAUAAUUCCACUAAAGUAAAAAAAGUUAAAAAGACUAAACCAAAGAAACCUAAAUUUCAAGUGUUUGUCUCUAGCAUAAAUAAAUUUAAUGAACCAAAUAGUUUUGUUCCAAUGUCACCAAAGGGUAACAAACGAGACCAUAAAAAAACAAACAACAAACUUAAAAGGACACAAUCACUUUUGCUUAAAGACAAAAAGACAAUGAAUGUAUCCCAUGAUUCCAAUUCUAAUACCAAACAAGGGAACGGUAAAUUGCAAAAAGCAAGACGUUCGAAUUCAAUGAGCACUAAUGAGACUUUCCAUGAUAUGUUCUAA